AUGGCUACCACUCUCACAAUUACAACAACAGCAACAACAAAAACAACAACAACAACAACAACAACAACAACAGCCCCUUCAGCUUUCAAAAUCAGUAAACCAAGAAACCUCCAAAAAAUCCAAACCAACACUGUUCCAAAAAAAUUCGAUCCUUUGACCAUCGACCAUAUCUCUUCACUAAUCUUGAAAACCCAGCAACAGAACCAAUAUGACCCUCUAAUCAGCCCAGUCUACUCAAACAUCUCCUCAUGCUCAUCUUAUCAAUCAUCUAACGCCCCUCUAUUCUCCGCCAUCGCCCCAACCCUUACAAAAAAUAACCUUGAUUUCUUCACUUCUGCCUCCUCAACCGCCCCCUCCAAUUGUUCAAAGCUACAAGAUUGGUUACAAUAUCAUCCUAAUAGUUUCAAAGUCGGCAACCCACAACACUUUGUCAACUACUUGAACCCAAGUUUUUUGAUCUGUGACAACCAAGAAACCAGACAGCACAUCGAAAACAUCAGUUACGUUCACAAUGUCGAUGAUUUCUGGAAAAACUUACAAGCUCAUAAUGAUGAUGGGCUAGUGUGCGGCGAUGAUUGCGAACAAUACCAUUACAAAAAAUUGAUGAUGGCAAAUCCUGUCAACGACUUUGAAAUCGUCAAUGAUGAGCAGGUAUCACAAGAAUCAGCAGCAGCAACAACAACACAAUUGCAGUAUGAGGAUUUAGAAUACGAUACUAACUUGUUUGAGGAGAUGCCCCAAUCGCCAAUUAACUUUUCACAAAACAAUAAUAAUGAGUACGAAGUGUUUAUUGAUGAUGGUGAUUUUGUGGUGGAUACGAUCCAAGAUCAAGCGUCAAACUUCGCCAACAUGAAUGAACAAAUCUCUAAAGCAUUAGAAUCUUCAAUGAUGAUGGUCAACAAUUGA